GGUUAGGUGGCCCGGUACUCGUCCUCUCUCUCUCACACGCACACGACGCACACCCGCACCAGUCUGCUUCUUCCGCUUCCCUCACUCACUCACUCUCUUACUCACUUCUUCCCCAUCUGUAAUUCUAACCGACCAAUCAACCAAGCCACCCAUCCUUUCGCAUCCCUCCCACAAAAAUCCUAGCCCAGCUCUCCACCGUUGCCCCGACGAGAGUUUUCUUGUUGUUUGGCUGGUCGUCUCCUCCAUCUCUGCUCCUGCUCUCCCAGCAUCUGUCCAGGCUUGUCGCCCUCACCGAUGCACCGUCGCGACGCGGUGUCUCUCUCUGCACACGCUAGCUCCGAGAACGGUUUGAUUCUUGUACCGAUUUCGCAUUAUUCUUCCCGUUUUCUAACCGCGCGCCUUUGUCUGCCGCCGCUUGUGGUGCCGCCUCUGCCGUGUUUAUCGUGGUCGCAUACCACCUGCACGGGGUAAACAACCCUACGACCCAUGGAGACCAAUCCCCAGCCUCUCGAUGCCGGCGCCAUGUCGCAGCAUCACCGCCCCCUCAACCCGAGGAAGAGGGCCCUGUCGAGAGGCUCGACUGCCUCGAUUCAUAGUGUUGCUACCCAGCCAACCAUCGACCAGCCGAGUCUGAUGCCGCACCACCCCGGCUUCGCAGACCAAUGGGUCCCCAACGACCAUAGCCAACCCAGGGAUCCCUCCGCCGUACAGCCGAUGCCCGCCAGUGACAUGAUGCUCCGUCCCGCUUCGCAGAUGCAUGCCGCUCAGUCCUUCCCCGUCGAUUCCAGCAUGCAUUCCACCGCUGGGUCCACCAUGGCCUACCACCAGCACCCGGCCCUGCAUCACGGCCUCCCGCCCGAGACAUUCGGCACAAAUGCCAGCUUCACCGACGCCGACAGCCAGAUCAUGGACCGCGACAACCUGGACGAGGGCGAGCCGCUCGCCGGGCCUAUGCCCGCCUCGAAGCCGUCCUCGAGCCGAGCUAGCGCAAACAAUGAACUCGAGAUGCGCCAGUUGUUCCACGCCAACAAGCAUCGGUACCUGGGAGACGUCGCCAAGGAGCUCCACGGCAACGAACGCGGCCCCAACUCCGAGCGCGCCCGCCAGAUCUUUGCUAUGCUGUGGAUCAAUCAAGUCUGCAGCGCCGGUAAAGGCUCUGUGCCCAGGAGCCGAGUGUAUGCGAAUUACGCAUCUCGCUGUGCGACAGAGAGAAUAACGGUCUUGAAUCCAGCUAGCUUUGGAAAGCUGGUCCGAGUGCUCUUCCGUGACUUGAAGACGCGUCGUCUCGGAAUUCGCGGAGAGUCUAAAUAUCACUACGUUGACUUUACAUUGAUCGAAGAGCAGCCCGAGCUUCCUGGAGAGCCGGCCUCCCAGCCAACGCUUCCCUUCCCGGAGCCCAUGACAUUCACCCAGACCUUCAGUGCCGCUCCCUCUCAAUCUCCUGCCUUGAACGGCCAGAACUCGACCCUUGCCUCGCCCACGCUACGACAGCAUCCAGACGCCCAGUCAAUAUCGCAAAAAUCCCACUACGGAAUUGUCAGCGUCUACAACCAGCCCGACGUUACGUCUAUGGACCAGCUCAAUUCGUCCAAGGCCAAGACUACAUUGCGCCUAGCGUUUGUGGACGAGGCCGACGAGUCUUUCCAACAGUCGCAAGCUCUCAUAUUGCCCAGUAUCGAUCCCUUCCUCCCCGACGGAACCGACCCCGAUGCGGCGAAGUCCUUGACGGCUCUGUAUCGAUCCCAUUGCACCUCGCUUGUUGAAUGUAUCCGCUACUGUAAAGAGAGGGCGUUCUUUCACCUGUUUACCUCUUUCCAGGGCACGCUCACCAUGCCCGUGCAGAAGCUUUUUUCGAACCCUAGCAUCGCCCCGUGGAUCGAGGAGUGCGAUUUCGUACUGUACAAACGUAUGAUGCAGAUAUUAUCCAAUCUCACCCUCCAGGUGGUCCCGACAACGGUGCUAGAUACCCUCCGUAACAUCUCGGAGCGCUUGGUCGCUCACAUCCGCCAGUCUUUCAACGGACAGCCCGGCCACCUCCUCAAGGCCAAAGAAGGACCCGCGACGAUCUUCGCCAACCUUCUCGACCGCAUCUUACGCGUCAACCUCACGGCGCACGCUGCCGCAAACAUGCUGUCCAACCCGGCCAACCGGGACCUGAUGUAUCUCGAUUGGAUUACUAAGGUCAGAAUCCGCAAGAUCUCGGAAUGCGUGCCCGCCAGAGGUAUGGACGACGUCGUCGAUCUUUUGCUCACCGAGAUUCGCGCUCUGAUCAACCCUGCCAACGUUCCUUGGGACCUCGAGUGUCUCACGCUAUACGGAGAGCUGGCGGGAAGCCCGCCGGCUGCGGAAUCCCGCGAGGUCGACAAGCGGACAGUGCUAGACGGAUGGGUCGCGUUCCUGCGAUCCCUGCCGGGGCGUUUCCCGUACGCGUCACCGGCGGAUAUCGUCGUAUGCGUGCAACGCGUCGGGAUGGAGGUGAUGCGCGAUCUCACCAUCGCGGGCAGUAAGAGCUUUAGCUCGUGGUGGGUGACCAAGGUGUUCGUCGACGAGAUGAUCGUGUUCCUGGCCGAGCUCGGUGGGCUCAUCAAGGCCAAGCGCUCGUCUUCGGCCGCCGCCGCUAGCGUCCCCAAGCCCGCCGCGGCCGAUACCGAUGCCAACCAUCGAGGCUCGCACUUGAGCGGCCGCAGCAACAGUGGCAGCAGCGACGACAUCGACAUGCCGCGCGUCUCGCAACCACAGCCCGACCGCGCGUUGUUUCCAUCCCAAGCGGACGCCAACAACCAAGACCCGAUCCAUAUGUCGACGAACCACGACGACAGCGGAAUAGGAAUCCGGACGCCCGAGGAAGACUUUCCCGUGGACAAGUACGACUUCCAGCCGGGCCACGGCCAGAGCCUGCAGUCUCUCGGCCUGGACCACGAGCUGCAGUAGACGGCGACUCGCCCUUGUUUCUUCGACUACGUUUCUCGCGCGCGCCCCACGCCGGCCGGGCCACUCACCCCGGACCCAGUUACCUAUAUAUUAAUAAUCGGCGUUGGAGGCACCUUUUCCCGUUUUUUCCUCUCUUCUUCCAUUUCAUGCGUAGUCCCACGCGAGGAGGGACCGUCACCGAACAUACAACGCAUACACCACACGCUCGCACGCACGCUCGCACACACGCACGAAGGUACGAUGGCAUGACCAGACACGAUAGACGACCGGGAGCAACUAGUUUGUGGAGGGGGGGUUUCUCGAAGAGAAGACGAUGGACUCGUUGCGGUCGGUUGAGAGGAGUAUCACUUGUAAUUGUGUAACUGAGAUACUAAGG